CGAGCCAGAACACUGGAAAGGCGGACAGAGGGAGGGCAGAGGCAGCGGCCCUCUUCUGGAGGGCGGGGGGGGGCUUAUUAUAACAAAAUAUAUACGCACAUGUGUGACCUGCUUGGCCGUACUAUAGGUCAUAUGUGGAUAACUGUUAAUUAAAAAAAGAAAAGAACAUACAACCGCGACUUUCCAUUUAAAAUGCCUAUUUUAGUUUUCCUGUUAGACACGUCCGCCUCUAUGAAUCAGCGCACUUAUUUGGGUACGACGUAUCUGGACAUUGCUAAAGGCGCGGUUGAGGUCUUUAUGAAGCUGCGUGCCCGAGACCCGGCUAGUAGAGGCGACAGGUACAUGCUAGUUACAUUCGAUGAUCCACCAUACGGAGUGAAGGCAGGUUGGAAGGAGAACCAUGCCACCUUCAUGUGUGAGCUGAAGAACCUGCAAGCGUCUGGGCUGACGACAUUAGGCCACGCUCUCCGCACAGCCUUUGACCUGCUUAACCUCAACCGCCUCGUCUCAGGCAUCGACAAUUAUGGACAGGGCCGUAACCCUUUCUUCCUUGAGCCUUCUGUAAUCAUCACCAUCACUGAUGGCAACAAACUCACACACAGUUCCGGGGUCCCAGAGGAGCUGCAACUGCCUCUUAACUCACCACUGGCUGGCAGUGAGCUCACCAAAGAGCCCUUCCGUUGGGACCAGAGGUUGUUUGCGCUGGUACUUCGGCUCCCUGGAGCUGCUACUGCAGACCAUGAGCAGCUAGGCAGCGUCCCCACCGAUGAGUCUGCCAUCACCCAAAUGUGUGAAGUCACAGGAGGGCGAUCAUACUGCGUGCGAACGCAAAGAAUGCUGAACCAGUGUCUAGAGUCUCUUGUCCAAAAAGUCCAAAGUGGCGUUGUCAUUAAUUUUGAGAAAAGUGGGCCAGAUCCAGAAGACAACUCAGUGGAGUCAAGCCGCUCCGCUGUGUCCUUCAGUCCACAGUUGUGGCACAGUUGCCACAAACUCAUCUAUGUGCGCCCCAACCCCAAAACAGGGGUGCCAGUUGGGCAUUGGCCCAUACCAGAAUCGUUCUGGCCGGACCAGAACUCUCCUACACUGCCCCCUCGUACUGCCCACCCUGUGGUGCGUUUCUCCUGUGUUGACUGUGAGCCAAUGGUGAUAGAAAAACUUCCGUUUGACAAAUACGAACUAGAGCCCUCGCCUCUCACCCAAUACAUUCUGGAAAGGAAGUCUCCGCACAUGUGCUGGCAGGUGUUUGUGAACAGCAGCGGGAAGCAAAGCGACCUGGGACAGCCUUUUGGUUACCUUAAAGCCAGCACCACUCUCACUUGUGUCAACCUCUUUGUCAUGCCUUAUAACUACCCAGUGCUCCUUCCACUCCUUGAUGACUUGUUCAAAGUGCACAAAUUAAAACCAAACCUCAAAUGGCGACAAGCCUUGGAGAUGUACCUAAAGACGAUGCCUCCAUACUACCUCUUGCCUUUGAAAAAAGCCCUGAGGAUGAUGGGGGCACCGAAUUUAAUUGGCGACAGCAUGGACUGUGGUCUGAGUUACAGUGUCAUCUCUUAUCUGAAGAAGCUCAGCCAGCAGGCAAAGAUCGAGUCUGAGUGUUUGAUCGUAUCUGUGGGGAAGAAGGCUCCCCUGGAAACUGGCAUGAGGGUAAAGAACCACUCCAGCUCAUUGUCUCUGGCCCACCGCCAAGAUUUUAAGCAGCUACUACAUGGAAUCACUGGCGAGGGUCCACUUCGCAUGGUGGACAUCAACUUAAAGGAGUUUUCCGGAUUCCAGAUCGCCCUGCUCAACAAGGAUGUGAAGCCUCAAGCUUAUCGAAAUGCCUACGACAUUCCAAGACGGAAUCUCCUGGAUCAGCUGACUCGAAUGCGCUCAAACUUACUGCGGACUUCACAGAAACUAAUCAAAGGGCAGGAUGAAGAUUACCUGCAUAGUAUCCCGGUGGCACAGAUGGGCAACUACCAGGAGUACCUGAAGAUGAUGCCGUCUCCUCUGAGAGAAAUCGACCCUGAUCAACCGAAACGAUUACACACCUUCGGGAAUCCUUUCAAGCAAGAUAAGAAGGGAAUGAUGAUUGAUGAGGCCGAUGAGUUUGUCUUGGGCCCUCAAAACAAGAAAAGGGCCAAUUCCGGUGACUCAAAUGUGGGUGCCACACUGAAGAGAAGGCGUAGUAUGUCGCCGUUGCUACGGCGGCCCCAGACUCCACCGGUCGGCACCAACCACAUUCUGAUUGGAAAGAGUCCAGCUGGGGUUCCAGGGCAACCGAAUCUCCUGAAAGUCAUACCGCAGCACAAAGGGCUGGAUGGCAAUGUGGUGGUUACUGAGAGUAACGGUGAUGUUGCUCCUGGGCCUGAGUCAGGGGAGAAUUGGCCCAGUGAGGUGGACCCUGUCACAGGAAGCCAACCUUCGCUCAACUUGGAGGGAAAAGCUCCAUUAGAAGCAGUGGAUCGGGGGGAGGAGGUUAACAUAACCAAGGAGAAAGCAGUGAUUCAAGACACUCAAGAGGAGCAGUCACUCGAUGAGAGAUACAACUGUGAGCGGCUGAGUCCACAGAGCCAGUUCGAGAGCGCAGAUACGGACCCAGCAGUGCUGGAGACCAUAUUCAUACCACCGCUAGAUGGCAGUCAAGCAGAACUGCGGACACGGGUCAUCAAGGAGGUCCGCAAACCUGGCAGAAACUUUGAGGCAAUACUAGGACUACUGCAGCAGGUGAAAGGACCGGUCAAUGUCCAGCGCUACUUUAUCCAACACGCCAUCAAAGAGGCCUCCAGGUUCAAGAAGCGAAUGCUGAUCCAGCAGUUAGAGCUUACCCUUGUCAAGUUGGACGAAAAACAUGGGAAACCAUCACAGCUGCCCAGCGAUCCUGGCAGUUAAGGAACAUCAAUUGAACUUUGCGUCGCCAUGGACAACACAAAAAUGAGAGGCCAACAAAAGACACACGUAGGGACAAAGGCACUUCAAUGAGAACAGUCCACAUGCUGUUACGUCACAUCCUGUUAGCGGCCGAGGGAAAGCUUAUCUGCACGACACAUUCGUUGAGGAUAAGCAGAGCGACUUUAUGAAUAUGGCGUAAUCCUCUUGAGACUGACUGACGACAUCCAUAAUCAUUCGGUAGACAAACACACAGACAAUAAGCCAUAGAACAUCCUGAAAUGGCAGCACACAUCCUUCUUCAGCUGGUCUGAAACCUGUUCCUGAAGCUUCAAUCAAUAAGGCGUGACCUCCGUUUCGACUGCCAUGACUGCUCUUUUUCCAUCUCUCUUACUGGUAUGUGUACAUCUAGAAUUCUACAUUGUGGAAAGCAAUAUACCAUAUACCAGAGGUACUGUUGAGGUCAGGUUUACUGCCCAUAAUGUCCGGAUAGCUUCAUAAAGAUCAAUGCAAACAAGCUGAAUUUUUACAAUUGGAAGAUUUCUAAAAUAUAAAAGACAUCUCCGUAUAAAUCAAUUGUGACAUCCAACCUAUGGACACCAUGACUUAUUGUCAUUGCCGUCUAAUAUCCUGUGGCACCUGCAUGGAGGGAGUGUCAUUGGGCCUAUUUUGGGCGCACUUUCUGGCAUGGCUGAUUUGAACUCACUCUGAAGGUUUUUAAUGUGAUUUGGGUCAGAAAGGUUUUAAAUAGUCCAUCCUACCUGUGAGGUGUCCUCUAAGAAUCACUUACUAUGGGGACUACUGCAAUCUGGGAACAUUCAGUGCCAAAAGUAGCAAGUAGAAUUGUUAUUAAAAUAGACUCUCCACAAUUCCAUACUAAGAAUGGUUUUAUUUUCAAUCCCCGGUUUCAUUUGAUUGCCAAGAAAUAAAACCAGAAUCUCAACUGAUUUAGUUUUUGGCUUUUUACCCCUUAUUUGCAAAUAUAGUAUUUUAUCCAUGUAAAUCCAGUAAUAGCAGUAUUUGUACAGAAAACCUACUCACAAAAUUGGUUUUGCAUAGGGGGGUCAAUCACCCUGAGAUGCCCACAAAAGUUCAAAAAUGUGUUCUAAAAAUGAUUGGAAAGUGAUAUGGAAAAUAUUACAUAUUGGGAUGGUUUUUGUCCCGAUUUGAGAGCUGUAUUGACAUGCUGCAAACAAACAACAUGCAAUAGUGUUUGAAAGGGAUGGACGCAGAUGUUCUGAAGUGAUACUGUAUCCGUGUUAGAGGAUGUAUGGAUGUUGAUGCAAUGCAGAGAGGUCACCCUCCUUUACAGCAACAGAAUGUUUUCUUACUUGUGCGCAGCUGUCCGUGUCCGUUGAGAACACACACUCAUUUUACAAUGUCACUCUUUUGGCGAUGACACAGAUUUUUAGCAAACUGACCAUAACCACGGAUCUGAAAAUUCCAUCUCUCGUUUUAAAUCCCAAAACGUAUGCCAAGUCAUGAAUGCACCAUUCUUACCCCAAUAGUGUGUCUUCACUGACUGGCAGUGUGCCAACUUCAUUUGAAGGAAUUUGUGCAUCUGUGUGGCCUCGGCUGACAGUUACAUCUGUUACGUUGAUGACGUAACCGUUGUUUUCAUGACCAAUGUACACUACUGUUUUACGUUCAUGAGGCAGACUGAUUAUUUUUGUGAAUUUGUUUAUUUCAGAGGAAGACAACUAUUUUGAAAGUCAAUUUUGUAAACUUGAAGUUUUAUUCGAUUUUUGUACAAAACAAAUAAACCACCUCUAAAAUGGUA